AUGCCUCCACGGCUAAGGGCCGCACAACGGCUGGUUAAUUCACACCACCUGCAGUCCUCCUCACAGAGCUCCUCGAUAUACAGCCUAACACAAUCACCAUGCACAUCACCAUGCCGUAACUUCAGCUCGACUCCCAACCUAGAGAUCUCCAAACGCCGCCAAGCGAUGUUCGGCUGGCUGAACGGGCCUGGCAGAGUAUUCAAGGAGCCCGCACCCUCGGGCCCAAACUACCUGACAGCGUACGAGAGGGAUGGCAAUCCGGUCCGGCCCCGAACGCGGGUGAGCUCAAGUGGAGAGCUGGAGGAACUGGCGACACCGCUGCAGCCGUUCCCGCUUAACCGUGUGUUUGUCAGUGAGAGUGUGUUGAGCGAGGAGCUGCGGAAUGAGAUAUAUACGCAGGUUGUUGAGAAGGGGAAGAGCGUGAGACUUGUGAGUGUCAUGUUUGGAGUCGAUAUGAGGCGUAUCGGCGCGGUGGUGAGACUGGUUGAGCUGGAGAAGCGGAUGAAAGCCGAGAAAAAACCACUUGCCCUUCCCUACGGCCGGGCAGUACGCUCCAUGCUCCCCACGACCCCUCUAUCAGACCGAGGCCAACCCCAGCCGGCCCACGAACCCAUCAACGACCUACCAGUGCACAAACUGACGGAACCCCAAAUGUUCUACCCCGUCUCUGAGUCGCGCCACUUCAACCGCAUCGACGCCGCGCGAGUCUUCUCUGCCGCACCGGCCGUCCCAGCCUCGGAACGCGACCAACCCGGCAACGCAGAGGAGUACAUCGCCAAAGUGACACACAACCCUCACAAGAUCGAGAAGGUCGGCAAGGGCGCCAAGGAGCACCAGGUACUCCAGCCCGCCGAGGUCCGCAUACCGCAUCCUCACAUGGUGGUAGCUGAGGGAGACCGGUCCGCACUUUCCAAUGAGAAGGGAGAGCGCAACAGGCGGUUCAUGCAGCGUAUCGAGGCGGACGAGCGGGUCGAGAAGGAGCGCAAGGAGAAGCGCAAGGCGAGGGAGGCAGCGAGCAUGACCCGCGUCGAACCCCAGGCGGGCCGGUUCGAGUUCAGGUUCCGGGAUGUGGUGGUGAGCCGGGAGACGGUGGGAGUGGACGGACGCGGCGAGAAGGGCGUCGGGCGGCGGUAUGGAGUGCCUCAUGCGGACAGGAGGAGGGGAGAAGUCAAGAUCCCGACCCGGGUCGAGGUCUGA